AGUUUCGCGCCAAUUUUUUUCGGGGGAGAUUCCAGAGCUCUGCCGCGGCGACCGCUCCCGACCUGCAGCGCCCCAUUGCCCCUGCGAGCGGUGCCACCAUGAUCGGGCAAAAGUCUCUGUUCUCCUUUUUCACGGAGGCGCCCGGCAAGAAGAGGACUCGCUCUCCGGAGUCAGCCGCGGCAACUGAGGCCGCCAAAAGAUCGAAGAUUGAUGGCUGCUCGCCGCGAUCUCCCCCACUUAGCCCGGAACUGGUGGAGCGCAUCCGCAAAAACAAAGAGGCGGCGCUGCAGAGGCUCGCAGCCCGCACCGCCCGCUACAUUCCCGCGGAGCUGGGGCAGAGCUGGAAGGUCUCCCUGGCCAAAGAGUUCUCCAAACCGUAUUUUGCUCAGCUGAUGGCAUUUGUUGCUGAAGAACGCAAGCGUUGUACAGUUUAUCCACCCGAGCAUCAGGUCUUCACUUGGACCCAGCUGUGUGACAUCCAUGAUGUGAAAGUUGUCAUUUUGGGCCAAGAUCCAUAUCACGGGCCCAAUCAAGCUCACGGGCUCUGCUUCAGCGUCCAGAGACCGGUUCCCCCUCCGCCCAGCCUGGAAAAUAUUUACAAAGAGCUUGCUGCGGAUAUAGAAGGCUUUUCUCAUCCUGGCCAUGGAGAUUUGACUGGAUGGGCUAAACAAGGUGUGCUGCUGCUUAAUGCUGUCCUCACCGUCCGAGCUCAUCAAGCCAAUUCCCACCGGGAGAGGGGCUGGGAGCAGCUCACAGACGCUGUGGUCACCUGGCUGAACGAGAACCUGGACGGCCUGGUUUUCAUACUGUGGGGAGCUUAUGCUCAGAAGAAGGGCAGCUCCAUUGACAGGAAACGGCAUCACAUCCUGCAGACAGCACAUCCCUCGCCCCUCUCGGUGCACAGGGGGUUCUUUGGCUGUAGGCAUUUCUCCAAAACGAAUGAAUUCCUGAAGAAAUCCGGGAAGCAGCUGAUCGACUGGAAGGCCCUGUAAGGAUCCCACAACUCCCUGGAGACCAUAAGACCAGCCCUUUUUGUCCCCGUCAGGCUGGAGAGGCUUUGCGGAAAUAUUCUUGGAAGCUGAAUAGCUAAACUAUUCUUUUCACUUUUAAUUCAGGGGCAACCUGAGUCAAGGUGCUUACUCCAAGCAUAUAAUUUUUUUUUUAUUUUGGAGCAAAGGGAGAUUAGCAAAGGAGCCCUGCCCUGUUUUUCUUUGAAUUCUUUAUCGCUAUCAAGAACAUCGUGCCAAUCUGUUCUUUGAAAUAAUAGCCUCAGGAUUUUUGUUCUUCAUUUCUCUCUCUUAUGCUCUCUUAUGCUUCUCAAAGGAAAAUGGAGAUAUUGACAGCCAACAAGGUGCCUGUCAUUCAGGAAGCUGCUUAUUUCAUCCAAGCUGAUGCCUGGUCUUCAUUAUCUCAGCGUGUCUUUUUUUUAAUCUGCCAACAGUUUAAGACUUUCAAGAGGUGCUAUGAAAAAUAAUUUUUAGUUUUUUGACUUGCAGGAAGUGGAUCAACAAUCUGAAAGUAUUCCAUUUUGGGGAUCAGAUUUAAAAGUGUUGCCAGAAUUCUGUGAGAAAUAUUACUGAAGUCAUGGGAAGGAGAGCUGCAGUUGGUCAAAAAUUAUGGGCCGAAAAUUUCCUAGGAAACUAGUUUGUGUUCGGAGUUUGUGUUCGCAUGAGGGCUAAGUGGCCUGCGAGGCAUCGGACUUAUGUUGCAAUCAGUCCCUCUGUGCGAAAGCAGGUUCUGGUGCCAGCCUCAGGUGUUUCACUUCUGCCAAACUCAGGUGCCCAGGUGUGGCCGUGGCCAAAGGGCUCGCUUAUGGGUUCUCCCUAUAGGAGCCGUUGCUGAACGCCCAUCAACUUCUGUUUGUGAGAAGAAGCCUUUGGUCUUGUUCUAUGCAAAUUGCAUAGGGAGAAUUUCCAGCUGGUAUAUUUAAAUACCAAUUUAAGACUUUUUUUUUUACUCUUUCUUGUAACACUAGUUCCCUAUGUUGACUUGUUCUAAAGUUUUCAAAUAAAUGUUUCUGAUACGUUUCUGAUA